AUGGACAGUCUCACUCUCACCCAUCAACUUGCCACCCCAGUGGCUUUGGGUGGUUUUUCUCUUCUUUUGUUGCUCUUCUUACUCCGCCUCAGACCCACCUUUUUCACUCACAAACGUUCCAAACUUCCCCCAGUACCAGAGGUACCAGGUCUGCCAGUAAUAGGGAAUCUGCUGCAAUUGAAGGAGAAGAAACCUCACAAGACUUUCACUCGGAUGGCUGAUAAAUAUGGACCCAUUUAUUCCAUCAGAACGGGUGCUUCCACCCUCAUUGUUCUCAACAACACACAUGUUGCCAAAGAGGCAAUGGUGACCAGGUUUCCAUCAAUUUCAACAAGGAAGCUAUCAAAUGCACUGACGAUGCUGACUUCUGAUAAAUGUAUGGUUGCAACAAGUGACUACAAUGAAUUUCACAAAAUGGUCAAAAAACAUAUUCUUACAAACGUUUUGGGAGCUAAUGCACAGAAGCGAAAUCGUUGCCACAGAGAAGCCAUGAUGGAAAAUAUUUUGAGGCAGUUUAAUGAACAUGCGAAGACCUCCUCAGACUUGGCUGUUAAUUUUAGGAAAAUAUUUGUUUCUGAACUUUUUGUACUAGCAUUGAAGCAAGCUCUGGGAAAUAAUGUAGAAUCCAUUUAUGUGGAGGAGCUCGGGGGUACAUUAUCAAGGGAAGACAUGCAUAAGAUUCUAGUGGCUGAUUUAAUGGAGGGUGCAAUUGAGGUGGAUUGGCGAGAUUUCUUUCCAUACUUGAAAUGGAUUCCAAAUAAGAGCAUGGUGAUGAAAAUUCAGAAAUUGGUUAUCCGGAGAAAAGCUCUCAUGAAGGCCUUGAUGAAUGAGCAGAGGAAGCGAAUGGCUUCAGGAAAGGAGAUAAAUUGUUUUCUUGACUACAUGUUAUCCGAGGCUAAAGAACUAACUGAAGAACAAAUUUCCAUGUUGGUUUGGGAGACCAUUAUUGAGACAUCUGAUACUACAUUAGUUACAACAGAAUGGGCUAUGUAUGAACUCGCUAAAGACAAAAAUCGUCAGGAACGUCUGUAUAAGGAGCUCCAAGAUGUAUGUGGACAUGAAAAAUUUACAGAAGACCAAAUAAAUGAUCCACCUUACUUGGGGGCUAUAUUCCAUGAAACAUUAAGGAAACAUAGUCCAGUUCCGAUUGUCCCACUAAGAUAUGUUCAUGAAGAUACCGAAUUGGGAGGAUAUCAUAUUCCUGCUGGAAGCGAGAUUGCAAUAAAUAUAUAUGGAUGUAACAUGGACAAUAACCGGUGGGAAAAUCCUUAUCAGUGGAUGCCUGAGAGAUUUCUUGAUGAGAAACAUGACCCUAUGGAUUUGUACAAGACCAUGGCCUUUGGAGCAGGAAAGAGGGUGUGUGCAGGUUCUCUUCAGGCUACUUCGAUAGCUUGCACAGCAAUUGGAAGAUUGGUUCAGGAAUUUGAAUGGGAACUCGAACAAGGGGAGGAAGACAAUGAGGAUACACUUGGCCUUACCACCAACAAGCUACAUCCCUUGCUAGUAAAACUUAAGCCAAGAAACCAAUAG